CUUAAUGCUGGUGUCCCAAAAUUAACAAAGGAGGAGGAGGAGGAGGGUCAUCUGUUCUCGUAGAGUCCAGAUUAGCUGUAUCUCUAGAUCUGUGCAUCUGUAAAUCUCCAAGCAUCUAUAUUAUCUAUAUUAUCUAUAGAAUCUAUAUAAUCUACCUAUUGUUCCGACCGCACGUGACAACAUCUAGAUCUACAGAUUGUUCUAUAUCUAGAAAUUUAUAAUUCAAUAAUUCAUAUAUUUUCAUUAAUUAGGCUGUAUCCGGUGUUGCAUUAAUACUACUUAUUUACUAAACAAUUCUUUUCUGAUUGGCUCCAAUGUGAAUAUAAAUCAACCAAUGGUUAAUGAGCAGGUGACCCCCCUUCAUCUGCGCCCUGAUAUCUGUCCUGUCCAGUCAAUAGAAGAUCAGUGAUUGUCUGGCUCUCAUCUGGUUCAGAUCUCCAGAUCUUAUCCUAACUUUGCAGAUUAUCAUCGGCGUUGAGGUCUUCGUGAGAAUGGAUUACUACGGUACUAUGUAUAACCCUGGAACAAUGUACAAUCCAACUCAAGAGUUCUUCCCAUAUGCCUACCAACAUCAACCUCAACAAUUCCAAACAUACCCCUCCUCACCCUCACCCACUAGCAGCUCUGGUAGCUACUCACCCACCACCCGACCCUCAUCAACCGGAUCCUAUUCUCCCUCAUCACCUGGCUCCAGUUCGUUAUCCGGAUUCAAUUCAUCUCCCGGAUUUUGUUCAACAACUGAAAACUUUUUCUUCAGCUCUGCUGAUGUCAACGAAAAGACAAAACUCGGUCAUCAAUGUGUAAACUGCGGGGUGACCUCUACACCUCUAUGGCGAAGAGAUCCAAGUGGAAACUAUUUAUGUAACGCCUGUGGACUCUAUCACAAGUCCAACGGCGUAAACCGACCUGUUGUUAAACCGACUCAAACACGUGUAGCCUCUAGUAAGCUAGAAGGAACAAGCUGUGGCAACUGCUCUACAACAACAACAACAUUGUGGAGAAGAACAACAUCAGGAGAGAUUGUCUGUAAUGCCUGUGGACUCUAUCAGAAGGUUCACAACCAACCAAGACCAAUUUCAUUGAAAAAAGAGAACCUCCAAACUAGAAAGAGAAAGCAGAGCAAAGGCUCUGAGAACAAACCUGCUCUAAACCUGCUCCCAGAGCAAACCCCUGGUUCCUGGGAGCAGCAGAUGAACAUGAACUAUUACAAUUUCUACAAUUAUUCCCAGUUUUAUUCUUAUUGAUAUUUGGUAGUAGUGUAUGUUUUGCUCUUCCUGUGAUUUAAUCUGUAAAUAUAAAUUAUGGAUAUUGUUAAAUAAAUAUUAUUAUGUUGUUAA